GCCGUUGCCAUGCCAACGCAAACAGUUCGUGCCAUCUUUUAAGUCUACUGCGGGACGAAACUCACCUGACAAGUAUCUGUCUUUUGUGUAUCGCGCUUUUAUUUUAAGAGUGAAUCGCAAUGAUUCCUCCAGCCGAGUCUCUCCUGAAAUACGACAACCCAGUGUUGGUCAGCAAGAGCAGCGACAGGAAAUCCCCGAAGGGACGUCCACUCAGAGUGAGCCCUCAGCAGCCUAUGGACUCGACCCCCGUCCCACCACCUCCCAAACUCAAAUCCUCCUCCACUGAUGCCACAAAGCAGGACAGCGAAGAGAUUCUGCACACCAUCCUUCCACCCAGGGAAUGGAUGGAGGGGAACCAACUCUGGGUGCAGCAAGUGUCCAGUGCGCCCUGUACAAGAACCGACGUCGUGCACCUGGAGGAACUCCUGGACACAAAGCUGCAGCAGCGGCAGGCCAGAGAGACAGGAAUCUGCCCUGUCCGGAGGGAGCUGUAUUCCCAGUGCUUUGAUGAGCUCAUCAGACAGGUGACCAUCAACUGUGCUGAAAGGGGUCUGCUGCUGUUGCGGGUUAGAGAUGAGAUUCAAAUGACAAUGGCCGCCUACCAAACGCUCUACGAGAGCAGCGUGGCUUUUGGGGUGAGGAAAGCCCUGCAGGGCGAGCAGGGCAAGGUGGACAUGGAGCAACGAAUUUCUGAUCUGGAGAGUGAGAGCCAAGACCUGAGGAAGCAGCUUAAUGAACAGAAAGCUAAAUGUGAUGCAAUUGAGAAGAGAGAACAUGAAAGACGGCAGACGGAAGAAAAGAAGCACAUGGAGGAGAUUCAGUUCUUGAAAAGAACUAAUCAGCAGCUCAAGACCCAACUGGAACUGAUGAUUGUGCCAAAGAAGUAGCCUUCAAAGCAAAACCACAAUCGGAGCCACAUUGCAGACCUUCUUAGACCGCAGCGUGUUGAUGACAGAGCUCUUUCCCACAUUAGGGUAGCCAAUGAAACCCACGCUUAUCUGCUUUUUGUCUGUGUGAAGCUGUAAGAGGCAAAAAAUA